CAGCAAGACCUUGAAAGGCCAUCAGGACUGCACAGGAUAUAUCGUUGAUGGUGGACUCAAUAUUGAUGAUAUCCCACUGUGGUUCUGCGAGCUGAUGAUGAGCCACAGUAAUGCUACAAGGAUAAACAACUUUUAUAUCCUCGGAUUCCCUGGGCUCCUUGCAGAGAAUGAGGGACCCGUGUCCGCACUACUCUUCUUAAUUUACGCCUUUAUUGUUGCUGGAAACAUCCUUAUCAUAACCAUCGUUAGCUUGGAGCGCUCUCUUCACAAGCCCACGUAUCUCAUAUUUUGCCAUCUGGCAUUCACUGAUCUGGUCUAUGGGACUGUCAUUCUACCCAAGAUCAUAUCCAAAUAUUGGUUUGGUGACGGUUUGAUUUCGUAUUACGGAUGCUUCACGCAGAUGUACUUUGUUCAUUUCUUAGGCGCAACUCAUUCCUUUAUCUUGAUGGUUAUGGCCCUGGAUCGUUUCGUGGCGAUAUGCGCACCGUUCCACUACCCGCGGUUCAUCACCAACACCACCAUCACGGCGCUUUGCGCCAUCUCCUGGUUCGUGCCCAUCGCCUGGAUGGUGGGACUGGUUUGUCAUGCGCUCACCUUAUUAUACUGUGGUCCCAACGAAAUCCAGCUGUGCUACUGCGACCAUAUAACCAUUACCCGGCUCGCGUGCGAAAGCGCACGUGCCGUACAGAUAGUCGCGUUUAUCCUCGCGAUGAUUAGCCUACUGCUGCCGCUGGCCUUUAUCUUUUUCUCAUAUUUCUUCAUCAUUGUCGCGGUGGUCAAGAUGUCCAGCUCCGAUGGGAGAACCAAAGCUCUGUCCACGUGUACGCCGCAACUUUUUAUCACGUGUUUGUAUUAUAUGCCAAGGUGUUUUGUGUACCUAGCGAAUAACGUUGGGUUUACUUUUAGUGACCCGGUUCGUAUCAUAGUGAUAAUGAUGUAUAGUGUACUGCCGGCUGCGGUCAAUCCCGUAAUAUACUGCUUUAAAACCAAGGAAAUCAAGGAGACUUUAAAUAAGAGGUUGAAUAAAAGGAAAGCGACCGUUAACUUGUUUUGAAAUGUU